AUGUUAUCAAAUAACUAUUCACCUAUUUUUUCUUUUAUAGGUGUUGACAAACUAUUGGAUUGUGUUGAACAACGAUCUACAGAUUAUGAUUGUCCAAUUUAUUUUGUAAGAGAUGAUUAUUUAGCUCGUAAGUAUGCCGGUUUCCCUAUACCAGAUGAAUUGGAAAAAUUAUUACCAGAAAUGCAUAAAUUAUGCUCAGAAGAAUUAUUGCAUGAAUUUCUAGGCAAACAAAAAGAUUGGGAGAAGAAUGUUCAUAUUGUAUUAAGUGACCUAUUUUCACUUAUAUUAGAGAAUAUGAUAAAUUAUCAAAAAGUACCACAAUUUCAUUUAUAUUCAUGUCAUGAUUCAUCAAUUAUGUUAUUAUUAUUUGGUUUAAAUGUAUUCGAUGGUUGUUGGCCACCAUUUGCUGCUGAUAUUAUAUUUGAAUUAUAUACAACAGCAUCAACAUCAUCACCGACAACGCCAUCAUCAUCAUCAUCAUCAACCAAUUUAUCCAUUAUGAAAUCUAAUACAUUACAUUCAGAUAAUAUUUCAUUAACAAAUAAUAAUCUAAAUGAUUUAUGGUUUCGUUUAAUUUAUCUUGGUAAACCAUUAUCAUUAAAAACAUUAUGGGAUUUAUCAUAUUCUAAUCAUAAUCAUGAUCUUGAUCAUCAUCAAUUAUCUGAUUAUACAAUGAUACCAUUCAUAGUAUUAUAUGAAUAUAUUAAUAAAGCUAAAAAAAAAUUAUAAUGAAUUUUAAUUAAAAUACAAUAAUAAGUAUGUAUAACUAUUUGUUUAUUGUUUUGUUUUGUUUGUUUGUUUGUCUGUAUGUUUGUUUACUUGUUUUCUUUCUGUUGAUUUUUUUAUUGAUUUAUUGAUGAUGAAGAAGAAGAAGAAAAAGGACGAAACUAUGUAGAAAUUAAUAAUUGAAUGAUUUUUUUCACCUCUUUUUUUCGUUCUUUCUAGUUUUUGUUUUAUUAUCCAUAUGAGAUUUAUUUCCCUAGCAACAAUAUUAUGAUGAUGAUGAUUAUUAUUUGUAUGGAUUUAUAUAUUCGUUUGUUUUUAAUUGAUUUCCUUGUUUGAAUGUAUCAUUUUUAUGUCCUUGAAUAUUUACCAUCAUAUUUGAGUGUAUUAUUCCUGUUUCAAUUACACACACACACACUCUCCUUCUGUCUGUCCCUAACUAACUAACUAACUAACUAACUCCCUCCCUCCUUCCCUCCCGUUCAUGAUUAUACUUGUUCGAUUCCUAUCCUAACUAAAUAACACAUGAAUCCACUAUUAAUGAAUUAAUUGUUUGUUUGUUUUUUCUUUUAAAAUUUAGAAAAUGUAUUUAAGUAGUAUAAUAAGAUUGAUUUUUGUUUCUUUUUUUUAUCACCCUUCUUUUUUCCUUCUUUCUUUCCUUCAUUGAUAUUCAUUCAUUUUAUGAUAUGUAACUAAGUGCUACAUAUUGUCUAGAAUGAUUUAAUGAAGUCAUUAAAUUCAUAUAUCAGGUUAUUGUAAUCAUUUUACUACUCAAUUCUAAUACUAACAAGAUGAUUUCAUUGGAUUAUUGAAAAGUUCUAUGAUAGUUUCUAUAGAUGAAUCUAUAGAAGCAUCAUUAUACAUGAUCUAUGAAUCCUAACUUCAUACUGAAUUAGAGAUAUAUGUUAGCUUCAUGAUAUUUACCUUAUGUUUCAAUAGUUAUUCAUUUGAAUGAUUAGAUUUUGUAUUUUCUAGAGAGAGAGAGAAACAGGGGGAAAAGAGUUAUUUAUAUAAAUUACAAGUAUUAUAUUUCUUUAUAA